GCUUGGCUGCGCCGCGGUGCGCAGGCGCAGCCGUCGGUGGGUCGGGUCUUCGGUCGACUGAGAGAUCCUGAGCAGUGCCACCUCACCAGCCUCGAGAUGGACAACAGGAAGCGCCUGGCCUAUGCCAUCAUCCAGUUCCUACAUGGCCAGCUGCGGCACGGUGGGCUCUCGUCCGACGCCCAGGAGAGCCUAGAGGUUGCCAUCCAGUGUCUGGAAACAGCCUUUGGGGUGACGCUGGAGGACAGUGACCUUGCUCUCCCGCAGACCCUGCCAGAGAUAUUUGAAGCAGCCACUGCCAGCAAGCAGGAGAUGCCACAGGACCCGAGGGGCCCUGACAGGACACCACCCUCUGAGGAAGACUCAGCUGAGGCAGAGCGCCUUAAAACAGAAGGUAACGAGCAGAUGAAGUUGGAAAACUUUGAGGCAGCAGUGCACCUCUAUGGCAAAGCCAUUGAGCUCAACCCUGCCAACGCCGUUUACUUCUGUAACAGAGCUGCGGCCUACAGCAAGCUGGGGAACUACGUGGGGGCGGUACAGGACUGCGAGCGUGCCAUUGGCAUUGAUCCCGGGUACAGCAAGGCCUACGGCCGCAUGGGCCUUGCGCUGUCCAGCCUGAACAAGCAUGCAGAGGCUGUGGCGUACUACAAGAAGGCCCUGGAGCUGGACCCUGACAACGACACGUACAAGUCCAACCUCAAGAUCGCAGAGCUGAAGUUACGGGAGGCGCCGAGCCCUACGGGCGGCGUGGGCAGCUUAGACAUUGCCGGCCUGCUGAACAACCCGCACUUCAUCACUAUGGCUUCGAGCUUAAUGAACAGCCCCCAGCUCCAGCAGCUCAUGUCGGGAAUGAUCUCUGGAGGCCAUAACCCUCUGGGCACCCCAGGCAGCAGCCCACAGCACAGUGACCUGGCCAGUCUCAUCCAGGCGGGCCAGCAGUUUGCACAGCAGAUGCAGCAGCAGAACCCAGAGUUCGUGGAGCAAAUCCGGAGCCAGGUGGUGCGCAGCCGGACACCCAGUGCCAGCCACGAGGAGCAGCAAGAGUGACAACGCUGACCCGAGUGGCCCCUCUGCUCCGCGCGCGGCCUCCUGGUAUUUUAGCAAUUUCUCCAUCGGGCUGCUCAAGAGAGAAACUGGACCUGCAUGUUAAGACGGACGCAUCCCCCCGCCCUGUGUUCUCUUCAUCCCGCCCCUUUGUCUUUUGUACUCGUAACUGGCUCCACACUUCCUGGAAGAGUCUGCAUUUGACUACGAACCAGCACAGUUCCUCCAGCCACUAGGGAGGCUGCAGGGGGAGGGGUUGUGGUGGGUGUGUGGGGUCACUGAGCCCCACACUGCAGGUUCCUCCUAGAGGGACUUGAGUAGCUGACUCUCAUCCCCCUCCUUCCAACCCUCCAAGCAUCCACUGCCAGCCCAGCAGGGCGCCAGCAUCCCAUGCCCACCCACGCUUGGAUUGCAGGUCCCAGCAGGUGCCCCUGCCUGCCUUAUUCCAGUGGCCUGUGCCACAUAGGACUGAGGCCUGUGACUUGUGCCCAGCGUGUGGACCGACGAUCCAUGUCUCCUCUUCCAGCUUCCCUCCGUCUUCACAGCCAUCAGCCAGUCCUAUUUUGUGUCCAGUCCUGCUCCAUCCUCGCCUAGGCAGCAGACACGGACGUUGACCCAUCUGUGCCCGUCCUGUUCUCGAUUUCAUGGGGAUUCAGUGUGUGGGGUUACAGGGAGUUUGGAGUAUUGGCCCUCGGACUGUGCCAUCAACCCUGAAACAGCCACCAGCACCAUUUCUGUUAAGGGUCAGCCUGUCCAGUGGACAUGGGUAUUCCCACGCCCCUUCUUGGCCCUGGGAACAGGUGGUGAGAUCGAAAGAGAGCUGACCUGGUAGGGGCCAUGAUGGCACCAGGCUGUGGCAGGGAGUGUCAGAGCAGAGUGUGUCGUAGGUAGCCAGUAGGAAGAUGGGCCCUGUGGGCACAGCCCACCUCGGGAAUAAAGACAGUGACGACGCUCUG